GCGCGAAGACCUUUCUUUCAAGUCUCGCUUCCGCAGACAAUUCCGCCACCCCCCCCCUGCUCUAAGUGGCACGAGCGAGCCUGCGGCGGCGGGCGGGCAACCUCCCGCACCAGCGCCGAACCUUCUUCUUCCCCACAAGGGAAGGAAGCUCACCGCGAAGCCCACCGGAUCCCCCCAGAGGCCAGAGCUCACACAUCACCUUCUCUUCUUACUCUGCUCUGCUACAAAUCCACCCGCCGAAUCGCCACUCCAUUCCCCCAAUCCAUGCAGAGUACCACCGGUGGCCUCCUGAUAGCUUGUACUACUCUUAUAAAUACGGAGCUCGGGCGGCGGUCUUGCACUCGGACACAUGGCGGCGGUCGGCGCGGCACCAGUGCUCUUCUACCAACAGCCGGCUCCGGCGGCGGCUCCGGCUCUGGCGGCGGGCGACGCUAUUGGCUGCUUCUUUUCACCCUCCUCACCCAUGUCCUCCUUCUUCUCCUCCCAUGGCCACGGCGGGAGCUCCUCCACCGCCGGCUCCAGCCCCGCCUCCGGCUUCUCCCCCGCGCUCCCCACGCAGCCGCCGCCGGUCACCGACCCGGCCGCGCAGUUCGACAUCUCUGAGUACCUCUUUGAUGACGGCAUCUUCGCCGCCGCCACCGACGCCGCUGCGCCGCCGAGCGGAGCGGCAGUCGCCGCCGCGAUGGAUGGCGUUGGAGCGAGUGCGGUCGCUGCUCUUGGUAGGAGCCCGGCUGAUCAGCAGCAACAGCAGGCGGCGGUGGAGCGGCCGCGGACGGAGCGGAUCGCGUUCCGGACGAGGUCGGAGAUCGAGAUCCUCGACGACGGCUACAAGUGGCGCAAGUACGGCAAGAAGUCCGUCAAGAACAGCCCCAACCCAAGGAACUACUACCGGUGCUCGACGGAAGGGUGCAGCGUGAAGAAGCGGGUGGAGCGGGACAGGGACGACCCGAGCUACGUGGUGACGACGUACGAGGGGACGCACAGCCACGUCAGCCCCAGCACGGUCUACUACGCCAGCCAGGACGCCGCCUCCGGCCGCUUCUUCGUCGCCGGCACGCAGCCUCCAGGCUCGCUCCAUUAGCCGCGCGCCGCCCGUCGAUCCAUCCACAGGAAUUCUCGAUCGUACGGCACGCACGCGUCCAAGGCUCCAAGCUAGCUAGGCAGAAGCAGCGGCUAGUACUGCAGUGUAGUGAUCUUUCAGACGGGUCGGUUUCCUUCAGACGCGGGACCUUU